CACUGCUGUAUAUUCUCAUCAGGUGAGUAUAUAUCUUCAUAUCUACAAGAAUCUUUUCUCUCUACCUGUUCGGUCGGUAGAACACCGCUGUGGUUGCUCUCGAGCUUUCCCCGCACCUUUGCUAUCGCCACGAGCUGUCGUCACCAAUUCUUCUUUUCCCUCUUUACAGCAAAUACCAGUCAUAUCAAUUUACUAAUAUAUAUGACCAGCACUAUUACUAGCACGCACAAUGGCCGCCGACCGUUUGAGCUCGAUUCUUAGCCACCUGAGGCCUUCAGGGAGCAAUGGACUAUCAACCAUCACCCAGAAAAACCCAGAUGAUGUCGUGAUUACCCUUGCUUUGCGAACGCCCCUGGCCAAGGCUGUCAAGGGUGGAUUCAAGGACACGGAGCUUGACUACAUAGUUUACUCGUUGCUGAAGAAGACGCUGGAGCAGUCGAAGCUGGACCCGGCGCUCAUUGAGGAUGUCUGCCUGGGCAACGUCAACGACGGCAAGGCCGCUUACCUCGUCCGCGCCGCAUCCCUUGCUGCCGGAAUCCCUCACACUGCAGGCGGUUCCUCUGUAAACCGUUUCUGCUCGUCUGGUCUGAAGGCUGUUCAGGACAUCGCAAACCAAAUCCAGCUGGGUGCUAUCGACGUUGGUGUGGCCCUCGGGGCUGAGCUGAUGUCUGCCGGCGGCGACCGAUUGUCCCGGCCGUUCAACGAGGAGGUGCUCAAGAACCAAGAAGCUGCUGAUUGCAUGCAGCCCAUGGGCCAGACUUCUGAGAACGUUGGCGCAGACUUUAAUAUCUCCCGUGAGGCACAGGACAAGUAUGCGGCCGAGUCGUUCCGUCGUGCUGAGGCCGCACAGAAGGCGGGCUGGUUCGACGAUGAAAUCACUCCCAUCACUACCAAGAUCAAGGACCCCAAAACUGGUGAGGUGAAAGAGGUUACUCUCACUCGCGAUGAGGGGGUCCGAUACGGAACCACUCCCGAGUCCUUAGGCAAGAUCCGCCCUGCGUUCCCUCAGUUUGGAAACAGAACGACCGGUGGAAAUGCCAGCCAGCUGACUGAUGGGGCCGCUGCCGUUCUUCUCAUGCGCCGCUCCAAGGCCAUCGAGCUCAACCAGCCCAUCCUGGCCAAAUUCUGCGGCGCCACUGUCGCCGGUGUGCCCCCGCGUAUUAUGGGAAUAGGCCCCACGGCUGCCAUCCCCAAGCUACUGUCCAAAUUCAACUUGGAUAAGAAUGAUAUCGACAUUUACGAGAUCAACGAGGCCUUUGCCUCUAUGGCUGUGUACUGUCUGAACAACCUUGGUUUGGAACACGAAAAGGUCAACCCACGCGGAGGCGCCAUCGCCCUCGGUCACCCUUUGGGAGCUACAGGGGCACGCCAAAUCUGUACCAUUCUUAGCGAGGCACGGCGAACCAAGAAGAAGGUCUUGGUGACCAGCAUGUGUAUCGGAACUGGACAAGGAAUGGCAGGAUUGUUUGUAAACGAGCAGGUUUAAUUUGUCAGACUAUACUCAAGUCCAUUCUAUAUAUGGGUCUAUAUUUGAACAAAUGCACAUAGUAUUAUAAUAUGUUGUCCGCAAGAAUAAACCUUAACCCCAAAAGAGUAAACUAUCAUACCAUGUCAUAUCUCAUAAGCAUAUUCAAAACCACCUAGAUGUCUCACUCUUCCUGUUUGCCCUUGUCCUUAUCC